CCAUUUGAUUUUAAAUAAAAUACUUACAUAUCCACUUCUUGAUAUAUUGACUUGAGACAGUACCUGUGCUGUCUCUUUGUUGUGAAAAAUGAGGAAUUUAAGGUACUCAUCUCCCACCUCUCUUCUUCCUGACUUCCUGGUUUUAACUGAGGUGUUAGAGGAGAAGCUGUCCAGGUUGACUCCACUUGAUCCCCAGAAUUAAAUAGCGCUGUAGUUUCUGCUGUGUGUAAAACAUACAGCAGACAGCUUGUUUAUAGCAGCUGUAUUUGUUAAUGUCAUAACAUAAUUUAAUGAGCUGUUAGAUCAAUCGAUGAAACAGGAGUUCGAAAAGAGAAUGUUUCUAUGAAAACUAAGUUGAUUGCUUUAGAAAGACAAAUAGAAACGAGUCACCAAAAAGAAUUAUCACUUUAGGGUGAGAUGGUUCUAAAAAUAUGGUAAAAAUCCAGAAGGGUUCUGUACUCAGAUGCUUUGCGAGUGUCUGAGUCCUUGCUCCACCCUAAAGAAGAUGAUUCUGGAAAUCAUAGACCGUGUAUUAUGGAUAUGACUCAUACAAAAAAAAAUACGGAAACUCCGGUCGCAGAUUCACACUCAAAGAAAAGCCAUUGGCCCUCCACCUAGAGCUCAGCCAGUGAGUGUGCACUUGUGACUUCUCAGUUAAAUUUAAGCGUCCCAGGUUCGCAGCUGUUUUCGCAGUUCUCUGCUUGCGUGAGUUUCCUGAUUAACUGAACACCGCUGAUCCUGCUGACAUUGGAUACGUGGGCUCCAGCUGUAUUUUCUUGUUGUUAAGGCUGUGGGUGAGCGUGGAGGAUGCUCAGAUGCACGUGGACACCAUCUGGCUCACGGUGCGCGCUGACAUGACCGUGGCUUCCCUCAAGGACAUGGUCUUCCUGGACUACGGCUUCCCGCCCACCCUGCAGCAGUGGGUGAUUGGGCAGCGGCUGGCCCGGGACCAGGAGACCCUGCACUCCCAUGGGGUGCGGCGGAGCGGGGACAGCGCCUACCUCUACCUGCUGUCGGCCCGCAACACCUCGCUCAACCCGCAGGAGCUGCAGCGCGAGCGGCAAUUGCGCAUGCUGGAGGAUCUGGGCUUCAAGGACCUCACGCUGCAGCCGCGGGGCCCCCUGGAGCUGGCCCCCCCGAAGCCCGGGGCGCCGCAGGAGCCAGGGCCAGGGCAGCCGGCCGCCGCGCCCGAGCCCCCGCCGGUGGGCUGGCAGUGCCCCGGCUGCACCUUCAUCAACAAGCCCACGCGGCCCGGCUGCGAGAUGUGCUGCCGCGCGCGGCCCGAGGCCUACCAGGUGCCCGCCUCGUACCAGCCCGACGAGGAGGAGCGCGCGCGCCUGGCCGGCGAGGAGGAGGCGCUGCGCCAGUACCAGCAGCGGAAGCAGCAGCAGCAGGAGGGGAACUACCUGCAGCACGUGCAGCUGGAUCAGCGGAGCCUGGUGCUGAACACCGAGCCCACCGAGUGCCCCGUGUGCUACUCGGUGCUGGCGCCCGGCGAGGCCGUGGUGCUGCGGGAGUGUCUGCACACCUUCUGCAGGGAGUGUCUGCAGGGCACCAUCCUCAACAGCCAGGAGGCUGAGGUCGCCUGCCCCUUCAUUGACAACACCUACUCGUGCUCGGGCAAGCUGCUGGAGAGGGAGAUCCGGGCGCUGCUGAGCCCUGAGGAUUACCAGCGAUUUCUGGACCUGGGCGUCUCCAUCGCUGAGAACCGCAGUGCCUUCAGCUACCACUGCAAGACCCCCGACUGCAAGGGCUGGUGCUUCUUUGAGGAUGAUGUCAACGAGUUUGAGUGCCCCGUGUGCAAGCAAGUCAACUGCCUGCUCUGCAAGGCCAUCCAUAAGGAUAUGAACUGCAAGGAGUACCAGGAUGACCUGGCCCUGCGGGCUCAGGAUGAUGUGGCUGCCCGGCAGACAACAGAGAUGCUAAGGUUGAUGCUGCAGCAGGGCGAGGCCAUGCACUGCCCACAGUGCCAGAUCGUGGUGCAGAAGAAGGAUGGCUGCGACUGGAUCCGCUGCACGGUCUGCCACACCGAGAUCUGCUGGGUCACCAAGGGCCCACGCUGGGGCCCCCGGGGCCCAGGAGACACCAGUGGGGGCUGCCGCUGCCGGGUGAAUGGGGUCCCUUGCCAUCCCAGCUGUCAGAACUGCCACUGAGCUGAGGAUGGCCCGGUCCCCACGCUGAUCCAGCACCACAUUCGCAAGCUGCUGUGGGACAGGGCAGGUGCUUUGGCUCUGAUUUACGGCCUGGGAGAUGCUUCUGUGUUUGGUGGAGACGGGCCCUGGAGAGGCCAAGGCCCCUGAUAUGCGUGGACAGGUGUUUGCUGUGGCUGUGGCGGGGCCCCACCUGAGCUGGCUGUUGUCCGGGGCUGCGUCUGCCCCAGUGCAUUUGCCCUUCCCCUGGGGCUUGCUGGCUAGACCCCGCAUCUUUUCUCUCUGGCACCCACUUCUGCCCGAGCCAGCCUUAAGCACAGCCCUGGCCAGAGACCUUCCUGAAUGGAGCCUCGGAGAGCCCCGCGAGUCCACACUCUGCCCGUCCAUCGCUGCCGCCUGCUGACCGCUGCGCUCACAGCCUCCCACUUCCUGUCGGCUUCCUGGGGGUGACUUUCCUUUGCCUUUGCUGUUGGAGGCCUGGGGUCUCUGAGAAUUGCUGCUAAUCGUGUUCAGAGCCAGGAGACCCGGCCGUUUCUAAAGCACAGUCCGUCAGGUGCGGCUUCCGCGUCCCCCUUUGCCGCCAGUGUAAGCUGAUUAAAAUGUUUUUCCAGGAAGGGCUGAGUGUGAUGACCUGAGAGGGAGUGACAGGGCCAUGGGCUGGGACUCUGCACACAGGCAGGAUCCCACGCUCUCCAGGAAUUGCAGCAGGAAGUUGAUGUAUUGCCUGCUGCCACUGGUGGAACGAGGGUGUGACUGAGCACCAGGAUCCUUGCACCAGACUUGGCACCCCUGCGCCCAGUUUGAGGGGCGGGAUGCUCUUGGAUUAACAUUGACCCGAACAGGUGGAGUCUGCAGUGUGUCACAAAGUAGGGUCUGUAGAUCAGGGUGGGCUUCAGGGGGCGGGAGGGGCCAAGGCCACAGCUAUAGGCUGGCGGCUCCCUUCUGGCUUCUCAGUGGCCAUCCUGGUGGAGGAAGAGGCAUUUCAGGAACAGGUGAAGCUGCCACAGGUGAGGGGUGAGGCUGUCCAUCCUAAUUUCAACACCUCAGGCAAGACGGCGCAGUAUCGGUCCAGCAGUAUUUGUUAGUCCCUGCUCUGUGCUGGUCAGAGGUUAAUAAAACACGGUUCUGGGUGUUUA